AUGGAGAGCCUCCUGCGUGACCUCGGGGACGCGCGCGACGCCUGUAACAACCUGCCUUUUGACGAUGCGCUGCGCGACAAGAUAGCUACCGAACUGGAUCGCAUCGAGGCUGCUCCGCCUCUCGAGCGCAUGUUGGUGACGAAGCCGCCGGUCAAGAGGUGGGCGGAAUUGGCGACGCUCGCGUGCGCCACGAUGCUGGUAGAGUACGAGGCGUGCCAGGCGCGGAUCGAGGCCAAGGGGAGCGGAUCGUGCGAGGGGCAGUACGGCGAUUGGGUGCACUGUGUGGACGCGUGCGCGGCAAAGUCGCUCUUCUCCAAGCUCAAGUGA